AGUCUGAAAAAAGGGAAAACGGGCACAAAAAGGCUAGUUUAAUUAUAAACAGCCUCUUUUAUGAGAUAACAUAUUGAUUUUUGUAAACUGGACAACCGUGUGAAAAAGGGGGAUAGCCGUAACUUGACGGCAAUAUCCGAAAAGUAAACGAGAGAAACAAAAACUUCACACGCCCACUGAUUAGGAUAUGUAAGCGUGAGAAUUUCUCAUAAAACCAGCGUAUUUUAGCUGAUGCAGUCAGUAGUAAUAUGAAGCCUUUCCUAUGUAUGGUUGUGUUUGUUAUUACCUGCCUUGUGUAUUCAUCUAAAACGGAUUUCGUUUGCGAUAGCGGUGAUAAAAUAGAGUCAAUAUUCUUCUGCGAUGAACAUGACGACUGUAUGGAUGAAAGCGAUGAAAUACAAACUACGUUGCAAUGCCCUAACUGCUCCAACUUCCAAACUAGUUGUAAGACGAUUCAUAACAAAACCUGCAUAUUGGACAAGGAAUAUAUCUGCAAUGCGACAAUACAUUGUUUAAAUGCAUCGCCGUGUGAUCUCAACUGUAGUGGAUAUUUCCUAUGCUCUGAUAACGUUACUUGCUCACUAAGGGAACAUGUAUGCGACGGUAGCUCGUGUAAUGGAUGCCCUGAAGAAACGGAAUGGGAUACAGGGCGCGGAUUUAAAUGUUUAAGAAACGCAAAAAAAUGUAUCCUGCCGCAAGUUUUGCUAAAAGACGAAAUAAAAGAUUGCGACAAUGGAGAAGACAUGUGUUUUACUAAUAGAUCCCCUCCGAUACUAAACACAACUUUGUGUUUUCAAUGCUUCGAUAACUCAACUAUAAUCCCAAGGAACAGCGUGUGCGAUCAAGUCAUAGAUUGCCCAGAUCUAUCAGAUGAAUGCCCCUGCCAAGACGCCCCUGGUAUUUGUAGGAGGGUGAUGACGUUUUGGGACAAAAGUAAUGAAAUGAAUGAUGACGUGGCGCAUUGUGACGUAGGCCAAGUGUCAUGUGAAGACGGGACUUGUGUAAAUAGAAGCCAAAUAUGCGAUGGAGAGGUGGAUUGUGGGAAUGCAACCGACGAAAGUUACUCCACGUGUGGAGGAACAUUAAAAUGCAUUGAAGCAACGCCAGCUAAUCAACAUGAAAGAUGCAGAUGCGAUAAAGAAUGUGAGGCAAUAUAUGGCACCCUAUGCGAUGGCGUGGGCGACUGUCCGGCACCAGGCCAUGGAAAGACGUCAUGGCACGAGGCGCCAGGGUUUCCCGACGACGAAUGUUGGGAAAGUUGUAGUUCACUUCAUUUACCUUUCAAGUUUAAUUGCACCUUGCCUAUAGUGAUGCCGGACUUCUCGUUUGGGGGAGAGGAUAGCUUCGAAAGUAUUAAGUGCAAGGAAGAGGUUCAUGUUGUACCCGAUGCGCCUGCCAUGGUCUCGUUUCUUACGAUUGGGAAAGAAUUAUGGUGUGACGGGAUUAUUGACUGCCCUUUUUCGGGGAAAGAUGAAGAAAUUUCCCGAUGUCCAGACCGCUUCCGUUGUAAUGCUGGCGGCAGGAUAAGCAUUCCUAUCAGCAGGGUAUGCGAUGGAGUGGCAGACUGCGACGAUAGAACAGAUGAGAGCAACGCUACUUGUUCGGAACGGUUUUACUGCCCCGUUCUAGGUGGUAGCAAGAUAUCUAUCGAUUCAAAACAUGUUUGCGACUUCAAAAUAAACUGCGAUGACGCAACGGACGAAAUGAAUUGUUCAAGAGAUGGAAGGUUCUAUUGUGAAAAUGGAACGCCUUUAUUUGUAUCUAAUAAAAAGAUGUACGACGGGAAUGGCGACUGCACCGACUGGAGCGACGAAUGCCCUACCCAUGAUCGCUCACUGGAUAAUAUUUUCUCCUCAAAAUAUGAAUUAAUUGCAAACCCGUUUCUACGAAGCUUUGUGUGGAUAAUGGGCUUAUUUGCAUUGGGCGGGAAUCUGUGCGUUCUACACUGUGAGCUCCAAACCUUUCGUCGUUACUCGAACAAACCUGGAGUUUCUUCGUCUUUGCGAGCUAAUCACAUCUUAGUACUUAACCUGGCUGUAUCUGAUCUCCUUAUCGGCGUAUAUCUUAUAUUAUUGGGCGGUACUGGUGCUUUUUACAGUGGAACAUAUUGUGCUAAUAAGCUAACUUGGUUGUCAAGUUCACUUUGUGACGUCAUGGGGGUGCUUGUUGUGACGUCAUCGGAGACUUCUGUCAUCACAAUGGUGCUUUUGACGUCAUUGAGACUUUAUGCAGUUUUGAAUCCUUUUACGUCAUCAACUCGACCAAGAACAAGCAUCGUCCUAUCCCUUAUAGCAGCAACAUGGUUGAUAUCAUUGUUACUAGCAAUGCUACCACACUCUAAGUGGCUACAAGGUGUAUUUGUACAAUUGUCAGUCAUAAAGGACAAUCCAUUUCUGAACAAUAUUGUUGUUGAUUUUGAAACGGCGAAGAGUUUUGCAUUAAGAAUGUACACGUAUGACCAUAAACUUGGCGUUGGAAGUCCUGGUGUACUGGAAGAUGCGAGAUCUUGGAUUGAAUUGUUGGACGCAGCGAAACAGACGCUAAACCAUCCGGAGUUUUUGGAGACAAGCAAUAAGUUUGGAUACUACAGCGCGAACAGUGUCUGCAUUCCUAAUCUGUUCGUAAAACAAACAACUCCAUCCUGGACGUUUACAUUCCUGCUUUUAUCAUUGAACCUGGCGGCCUUUAUAUUUGUCGCUGCUUCCUAUAUAGUGGUGUACAUCAAGUCAAGUCGCUCAUCUAUUGUAAAACGAAACUCUAAAGGAUUUGUUCGUACAACUGCUUUAGAAAGAAAGAUAGUUCGUCUAAUCGCUUCCGACUUCUUAUGUUGGGUCCCUGUAUCGGUGAUGGGAUUCUUAAGCAUUGGGGGAAUUUCCAUACCCGAUAUUGCAUACGUCAUAUCAGCGACAAUUCUGCUCCCCAUUAACAGUGCGCUCAAUCCUUUGCUUUAUUCGUCGUUUGUUGACAGAAUGUUAAGCACAGUGAUCCUACGUAACAGGUCAAGCGUCACUACCACCCAGAAAGAGAGAACCCACGUGACUAGGUCUAGUGCGAGCACACGAGUUUAAGUAAAUA